GGGCGGGCGGCGCGCACUCUGGGCGGCGGGAAGAGGAGGCGGGAGCCGAAGCCUGCAGCCGCGGCCCGGCAGACGAUGACUUGCUACCGAGGCUUUCUGCUGGGCAGCUGUCGUCGCGUGGCGGGCGGCGGGGCUGCGGCGCUGAGGGGGCCGGGCGCUGGAGGCCCUGCCGCGCGGCCACGGCUCGGCGGUGACUGCGGCGGCCAGCGGCACCUGGGGCAGGGGCAGCCGCGCGAGCUGGCGGGCUGUGGCAGCCGCCCCGACGGCGGCUUCCGCCCCUCCCGGGUGGUGGUGGUAGCCAAAACCACCCGCUACGAGUUCGAGCAGCAGCGGUACCGCUACGCGGAGCUCUCGGAGGAGGACCUGAAGCAGCUGCUUGCAUUGAAAGGCUCUAGCUACAGUGGACUUCUUGAGCGACAUCAUAUUCACACCAAAAAUGUGGAGCAUAUUGUAGAUAGUUUACGGAAUGAAGGAAUCGAAGUCCGACUAGUCAAGAGGAGAGAAUACGAUGAAGAGACUGUACGGUGGGCAGACGCUGUCAUAGCUGCAGGAGGUGAUGGCACAAUGCUUCUGGCAGCAAGUAAAGUCUUAGACAGACUUAAACCAGUUAUAGGGGUAAACACUGACCCAGAACGGUCUGAAGGUCAUUUAUGUCUGCCUGUUCGAUAUACAAAUUCCUUCCCAGAAGCCUUACAGAAGUUCUAUCGUGGUGAGUUCAGGUGGUUAUGGAGGCAGCGAAUCAGGUUAUACCUUGAAGGGACUGGCAUAAACCCUGUUCCUGUGGACCUUCAUGAGCAGCAACUAAGUUUAAACCAGCACAGCAGAGCCCUUAACAUUGAAAGAGUCCAUGAUGAAAAAUCGGAGGCUUCAGGACCCCAACUUUUGCCAGUGAGAGCACUAAACGAAGUCUUCAUUGGGGAGAGUCUAUCUUCCAGAAUGUCUUAUUCUUGGGCUGUAGCAGUGGACAUUUUAAGAAGAAGUAUACCCACUCUAAAGGGACUGGCUUCCUACUAUGAGAUUUCAGUUGAUGAUGGCCCAUGGGAAAAACAGAAGAGUUCAGGGCUCAAUUUGUGUACUGGAACCGGAUCAAAGGCCUGGUCAUUCAACAUUAAUAGGGUUGCAUCUCAGGCUGUGGAAGAUGUUUUAAAUAUCGCAAAACAACAAGGAAAUCUGGAUCUUCAAUUGAACAGAGAAUUGGUAGAGAAAGUAACAAAUGAAUAUAACAAAUCACUACUCUAUAAUCCAGAAGAACCAAAAAUACUUUUCAGUAUUCGAGAGCCAAUUGCAAACAGAGUUUUCUCAAGCAGUCGUCAGCGUUGUUUCUCCUCAAAGGUUUGUGUUCGUUCUCGUUGUUGGGAUGCGUGUAUGGUUGUGGAUGGAGGAACUUCUUUUGAAUUUAAUGAUGGAGCAAUUGCUUCAAUGAUGAUCAAUAAAGAAGAUGAGCUUCGAACUGUGCUUCUAGAUCAGUGAAGAAUUUCCUCACAUGACAAAUUUUGAUUACUGGAAAAAUAUUUUUAAAGCAGAAACAGACUACCAGUCAUAAAGCUACAUUUUUGGAUUGUUGUUGAGACUGGUUGCCCCUGGGCUCAAAGGUGACAAAGAGUGAGAUUUGUAUUAUUCUGCUGUUAGAUUCAGACAGAAAAGAGAUAUUUACUAUGUAUGUAAGAAAACAGAUGUACUAAACUGAGUAGAAUUGAUAACAGUGAAAUUUCUAUAUUGCUUGCAAUUGGUAACCAAGAAGACUCUUACCUUUUUAAAUUUAGAGAAAGCAGGCUUAAAUAAAGGAUUAAAUGUUUAGGAUUUGAAAUUU